AUGGCACAGCUGAUCCGUAGGUGACGAAACGAUAGCGGGGUUGCAUUCCCGAGCUGUAACACCACGACUCGCAAUCCUAUUGGUUAAUUUCUUCACCUACUGACUCGAAACACCACGAUUGGCUGAAACUAGGGGCACGUGGAUCUGUGUUGCAUGCUUUCACUUCCGGUACACUCCAGUCCUGUUGGUGGCAGUAGGAAAUGUGAAACCCACAGCAGAAGACAACAAAAAUAAAACCGAUUGCUACACUGUAGCAGACUGGACUGGAAACAGAUGAUCUCAAGCUAGCGUCGGUGUUUAUGUGAAUAAAAAAGGUAAGUCCUUAUCCGUUUGACCUCAAUGUUGAUUACAUAUUUGCAUUUCCAUAUAGUUUUAUCCAAUGCCUAAUGUAUAUUCAGUGAAAGAGAAGUAUCGAGCGAGUGUAUUCCAAAUGCUUUACCUAUCACCAGAGUGAGUCACUUGAAUUAAGUGCUGCACUGCUAGACAGCAACAGAAGCAGACAGAAGACAGCUCCCAAGGCUAUUUAUUGCUAACCAAUAGCUAUAUUCUUCCUAUCUAGAAUGAGUACACGUUUGCGGAAAAAGUAUGCAAGGAAAAUGGUUUUUUUGCCUUUAUUGGCAGAAUGUGAUUCAGAGGGUCAAGUGUUUACACCAGAUAAAGAUUUCAGGCCAGGUUCCAAGGUUUGUUGGCUGUAGGACUAGCAGUAAGGUCCCAAAAUGAGAAGUAGUUUAAUGCUAACAAGCUUAUGGUUUUCUUCUUUGGAAGAGGCUAACCAAGACCUUUGGUCACCUGUUUGUGGCUUUAUAUCCUUGACCUUCUACCUACAUUUACUAUGGUAAAAAAUAUCCACUUGGUCUCAAAGGACGUUAAACCCCAGUUCCUCUUUUCAGGCAAAGCUGUGUGUCUGACUUAGAGCUGUGUUUGCUGCUGUCCUGUGACCUAGGCUGUAGUGCUGGAUAAAGUAGUGUGGUGCUGUUCCCUCUCUGAACCCCCUCCCUCUCCUGCUGCCUCUCCUGCUGAUGUUCCCUUGAAGACCUCCACCCCCUCCUAUCCCUCCUGGUGACCCCAGUGAUGUCGUCCCCGUGCUGUGGCUUCCUGGCGCAGUACACCCACCAUCACCUGGUCGCCUUCCUCCUCACCUUCUUUAGGUAAACUCAGCUCCUGAACUCCCACCAGCCUUGUAGGGAUCUGGUAUAAGAUGCUCGGAAUGUUCAGAGAUCUUAUUCAAGUUCUCUUUGCCCUAAAUGCUCUCUACACAAGCACUUAUACCAGAGCAUACAUACGCAUUUGAUACACAGGCUCACUUGUGCUCAUAUAGGCCUACAUCCUCUUUAAGUAAAUACAGUACUAAGCUAACAAUUGCUAAUGCCUGAACCGGAGCUACAGUACUCACAGUCUUAUACAGCGCUCCACUGUACUUAAACUUUUAAAAAAUACAUGUGACAUUGUUUCUUGGUCAGACUGGUUGUUAUCAGAGUAGGAUGAAAGUUAACCUAUUAGACAGUUGAGCAGUAAGAAUCAGAUUAAUUGAAUCUGUGCCUGUGCUUCUCAUAUUCCUUCUCCUGACCUCCCCACUCUGAACCCUGACCUUUGACCCCUCUCAGCUGUGGCCAAAAAUGUUGUGGCUGUGCUUUCCAGGCUCUGUCAUCAGGAAGUGACGUAUAGCCUAGAGUUCUUAUUACAGGUUAUAAUCUUGAGGAUAUAUAGUAGUUGUAAACGGGUUGAGUACUGACCUGCACACCAGCUGCUUUAAACAACUAAACACAGCAUUGGAAGGCCCUGGAUGUUCCUGGUCCCUUGUUGUGGUAGGAAUAUAACAGGGCUUUAUUAAGUCCCCCCUUCCUCUCUCUCCAGCUAUGUCCUCCUGCACGCCUCAAGGAAGACCUUCAGUAAUGUGAAAGUGAGCAUCUCAGCCCAGUGGACUCCCUCUGUGCAGAAUGCCAGCUCUCCUGCCUUCUCACCCGGGGAGGUACGUACUCAGGAGGAUGUGGAUUCACUUCCUUGAUUUAUCCCCCCUUUUCGCCUCCCCUAAAUUAUGGCCUCUGAUAUAGAGAUAUAAUGACUAAAUUCCUGGAUGUCUGCUAUUUUGCCUGAGUUUACACUAUUGUAUUUGUUUAGUGAUCUCUUCACGUGCAAACCUGAAAAUAUACUGUGUAGUGGAUGAGGAAGUGUUAUCACGUGUGGAGCUACUGACAAGUGCUCUGCACAUGAUCAUAUGAAGGACAGCUAAUACUAAUGGUCAAAUAAAUCCCUUUAUUCAGUUGCUCUGACAACGUUAUUUUGUGUUUAUUACCCUGGAACCGGCUGUCUGCCCCGCCUGUGUGUCCAUUAAACGAGAACAUCUUCUCCAUGUCCUCAAACACGUCGUCAAAGAGUUCUCCACCAAAGGAGCCCUGAAAGUGUCUCUUGUGCCUGUUCUGGGCCUCCUGAUGGGCCUGGAAGUGGCUGUCGAAGGCCCUCUUGUGAUGGGCAUGAUGGGAGUGCUGGUUAUGACCGAACAGGUCAGAGUCUCUGAACAUGUCAUCAAAGUUGAAGUUAAAGUUCUGGUGGAAGUGCUGUCCACUCCUCCCACCUCCUGUGCCUGGCUCACCGGGGGAGGGGCCAUGUCCAAACUGGUCAUAUUCCCGUCUCCUCUUAUCGUCUGAUAAUGUCUCGUACGCUGGCAAAGGAAAGGAAACAUAAGUCUCUUGGUGUCCACAGACAUCAGAAAAACAACAAAUGCUUUAACAUUUAAAUUCUCACCCGGGGAGGUACGUACUCAGGAGGAUGUGGAUUCACUUCCUUGAUUUAUCCCCCCUUUUCACCUCCCCUAAAUGAUGGCCUCUGAUAUAGAGAUAUAAUGACUAAAUUCCUGGAUGUCUGCUAUUUUGCCUGAGUUUACACUAUUGUAUUUGUUUAGUGAUCUCUUCAUGUGCAAUCCACAAUAUAUACUGUGUAGUGGAUGAGGAAGUGUUAUCACGUGUGGAGCUACUGACAAGUGCUCUGCACAUGAUCAUAUGAAGGACAGCUAAUACUAAUGGUCAAAUAAAUCCCUUUAUUCAGUUGCUCUGACAAUGUUUUUUUUGUGUUUAUUACUGUAUGUAUCUUUGAUUGUCUAUUCUGAAUCUUCCUCCAGACGUGGGAGGAGAAUAACCUGUUUGCAGACUCCGAUGAAGCCACUCUGUUCCUGGGUGUCCUUGACACCAUCUUCCUGUUUUCCUACGCCGUGGUGAGUGUCAGGGCCAGCUGUGGGCAUAGGGAGGAGGGACUGGUAGUCUAGCAACAGUGACUCAAUGUAACCUAAUCAGUCAGAUCAGAUUUACUUCUCUCUCCUGCCACACCCUAAUAUGCACAUUAAACUAAUGUAUGUUAAUUCAUGAAUAUUAUCCACAUGGAAACAAGCACACUGAUGCAUAGUAAAAGCAGGAGGACAAAGUAAACGUGUGUGUUGUUCAAUAUUCAUGCAGGGCCUAUAUAUGAGUGGAGUGAUCGGAGACCGCAUGAACCUCCGAUAUGUCCUCUCCUUUGGUCUGUGUGGUUCAGCCAUAGUGGUAAGUGGGGCACAUACUUUUAUAUUUCAUAAACAUCUACACAGUUUACAUCAGAUGUAUACAAUAGGUACUUACUACAAUAGUCAUAUAUACUGCAGAUUCUGUGUUUUGAUCCCAUUACAUUUCAUUGUGUUCUAAUAUAACCUUUUGUUUUUCCCUCCCUCACUUCCCAGGAGUUUGUGUUUGGUACCUUGACUGAGUGGCUGCAGUUCUAUAACAUCUACCUGUACUGUGGCCUUUGGGUUCUGAAUGGCCUACUGCAAUCUGCUGUCUGGCCCUGUGUGGUGGCAGUCAUGGGGAACUGGUUUGGCAAGUCAGGGUGAGUAUCAUAUCACUCUCUCUGCCAUGACACUAGUAUACUCCAACACUGAUCAUUAGGGCUGGGAAUUGCCAGGGACAUUACGAUACAAUAUUAUCACGAUACGAUAUUUAUUGUGUUCCCCAAGAUUCUAUUGCGAUUCGAUGUUCCAAACAUAUUGCUCACCAUAUGUCUGCUGCAGAGGGACAAGAGAGAGCCAUGAGAAAACUAGUUUUGGUCAGUCAUGGAAAUAAAAGUGCUGAAAAUAAAUGGGCUCCCUAAAAAUAAGUUGGAGAACAAGCUACGAAGGAAAAAUACUGGAGUUUGGGUGCAGGUACAGCAAAAUAGCGCAAAAAGAAUAUCCCCAUCUGUAACUGUAUCGAUUUGUUUCUCCUAUCACUACUGAUCAAUGCAGAUUUUUCACACAGAUUGAGUAAGGCUCCCUGAAUGUCAACAAUCAGAAGUUGUCUUUACAAACAGUAGCCUUAGGAGAUUGCUUUAACUGUGGGGUCGUUCCAUAUGAUUUCAAUCACUUUCUGACUACACCCCUUUUGAUUUGCCUGAAACCUUUCAUACAUGUUUACCCAUGGUGAAAUUGGUCAGAAAGUAACGUUUUGGACCUGAAUGCCAAAACAUUCAGGAAAUAGGUGUUCAAAGUUGACCCAUUUUGCAUACUUGUUAUGAGUUUCUCUGGUAUCUAGUACUUCAGGAUGUAAGAGAAUGGUUAAACACUUAGAUGGAGAGUUGAUUCAUAGUUACAGUACUGGAUUCACAUGACAAGCAGUACGGGCGUAGCCUAUUGUCAUCCGAAUCACUUACAUAGAAAACCUCAGUUUAUAUAAUGCAUUCCAUCCAACAGUUGCCAACCAUUAUUGAGUGUCACUCAUCUCCUACAAUAGGAUCCCCCUACAUGGCAUCGUGUGGCACCCUAGCCAGGAUAUUCCAUCUCAUACUCCUUCUAAGAUUAGCACAAGUGGCCCCCAAUCGAUCUUGGCACGCAGACCUUCUGGCACCCACCAGUGACAUAAAUAACACAUGGCGUGUCCUUAUCCUCUCUCCCACAUACAGCUCAUGAGUUUAAAGACAUUAACAAAUACUGUAUAAAAAGACGUUAUAUCAAUACUGUUACGUUCCCCAGCAAGAAAACCAAAAAUGGCUCGCAAACAGAAGGGUGGAACUAACAUAGUCACUGACCAACAACCAAGACGAAACAGGUGGGGUUUUAGGAGAGGUUCUGAAAGACACGGGCGUGUCCACUGAAAGUUGACUAGCAACAACAACUGAAACCUAAGACACCCACCAUGAGCGCCCACUAAACUUGCCCAAGAAGAGGCAAACAAAAGAAAAACCCAUACCAAACUUAAAGACAGGAAGUAAACCAAAAAGGUGGAGCAAAACAAAAUCCGAUAAAGGAUAGUUUGUCUAGAGCUCAAAAUAGGGAGCGCCAACUAAAGGUGUUAACCCUCCGCAUCUAUCAAGACAACUGGAGCAUUGGGCCAGCCACUCUUAUAUAGCACCUGGGCCAGGACAGGUGAAAACACCUUCCCACUAAUGAGAUGGCAACCAGCACAGGUGUAACACAUACUGACUAACAAGGUGACACCAAUCGGUGCACCCUACGUGCUAACAAGCUAUACGUGCUAAAGUCCAACCUCAAAACAUAAAUGGAAAAACCAAAACCUGUAACAAUACCCCACCCUACCAUGAGACGUCCAUGUCUUUACCACUUAUAAAGAUAAAUAGUUGAGUUUGAGAUCAUUUAACAGCUUACAAACAGGGUUGUCAAUCUAUUCUAUGAUUUAUUUAUUUUUUAAAUACUUUUUAAUAAAAAAAGUCAUUUUUUAUAAGCAUUAACAUCAAUAUUCUAAAAACACGUGAACUCAGAUUUUACUCAUUUUCCACAUUUUGUAGCUUGGAACCUAUUUUACAUAUUCUGAGACCCUAUUUUACAUCAAAGGUGUGCAGUCAGAAAGUGAUUGAAAUCAUAUGGAACGACCCUGUGGUGUACUGAGUUAUUCUUGGUUCUAUUUUAUUCUAGAAGAGAAGGUUCUAAUUGAGUAUUGUGUUGAGUAUGUUGUGUGUAUUGGUGGUCCUCUGUAGCUCAGCUGGUAGAGCACGGCGCUUGUAACGCCAAGGUAGUGGGUUCGAUCCCCGGGACCACCCAUACACAAAAAUGUAUGCACGCAUGACUGUAAGUCGCUUUGGAUAAAAGCGUCUGCUAAAUGGCAUAUUUUUAUGUUCUUGAGUGUUGUAACCGCUGUAUGUCUCUUCCUCCCUCCAGGCGAGGUUUUGUGUUUGGCCUGUGGAGUGCCUGUGCCUCUGUUGGGAACAUUCUGGGCGCAUUCCUGGCAUCCAGUGUUCUCAAGUAUGGAUAUGAGGUGAGUGCAGACACACACAGAUAUACAUAUUACAGAUCUGCACUGCGAUUCACCUUUUUAUAAGGUCUAGAUGAAAAACAGACAUGCAUGUAGCAUAGACAAUACCUGGUAUGGUCUAGUUAGUAAGUCUACAUUGUUGUCUAGAGAAAGGUGAAGUUAUGUGGUGUUGUCUUUCUCUCAAACUCUUUCUACAUAGAGUUAGCUACAUAGUAAAUAUGUUGUCCCAGGGCAGAAAACAUGAAAGCACAGAGCAUGAACAGCACAAUUCACAAUACAAGUCAUCUCAGUGUUAUGCUGUGUUUCUGCAGUAUGCCUUCCUGGUUACUUCAGUGCUGCAGUUUGCUGGUGGGGUGGUGGUGUUCUUUGGUCUGCUCACCUCCCCUAAAGAAGUGGGUGAGUAUUGGGUCCACACAUGCCCAGUUUCCCUCAUUGGUCAGGCAUUGUCUCCCUAUCAAAUAGUUAUUUAUGAAAGAUCACUGAGGGCUACAGUCCAUUGUUUCAUACUGUACUUUCUUUCACUUCAAGUUUCAAGUUUUAUUAGUCCUAUGUACAGGAUACACAUGGUAUACACUGUACAAUGAAAUGCUUACUUACAGGUUCCUUCUCGACAAUGCAACAACAAUAAGAGAUAAAAGAUAAGAAUACGAACAUAAAGUAAAUGGCUCAGUAGAAUAGAAUAAACAUUUUAGCAACUUCCUCCUUUCUGGACAAUAUAAAGAUCCAGUCCAUUAAAAAAAUUGGAGGCCCCUUACACUUCAGUGUUGUGAUGUAAAAAUUCUAGCAAAAUGUAUAGCACAUAGAAUUAAAAAGGUAUUGUCGGACAUUAUUCAUUCUAAUCAGACAGGUUUUUUACAUGGAAGAUAUAUUAUCGCCAAUGUAAGGCAAGUACUGGAAACAAUAGAACACUAUGAAAAAUCUGGGAAACUAGGCCUGCUAUUCAUAGCAUACUUCAAAAAGGCAUUUGAUAAAGUACGACUGGGGUUUAUAUAUACAGUGGGGAGAACAAGUAUUUGAUUUACUGCCGAUUUUGCAGGUUUUCCCACUUACAAAGCAUGUAGAGGUCUGUAAUUUUUAUCAUAGGUACACUUCAACUGUGAGAGACGGAAUCUAAAACAAAAAUCCAGAAAAUCACAUUGUAUGAUUUUAAAGUAAUUAAUUUGCAUUUUAUUGCAUGACAUAAGUAUUUGAUCACCUACCAACCAGUAAGAAUUCCGGCUCUCACAGACCUGUUAGUUUUUCUUUAAGAAGCCCUCCUGUUCUCCACUCAUUACCUGUAUUAACUGCACCUGUUUGAACUCGUUACCUGUAUAAAAGACACCUGUCCACACACUCAAUCAAACAGACUCCAACCUCUCCACAAUGGCCAAGACCAGAGAGCUGUGUAAGGACAUCAGGGAUAACAUUGUAGACCUGCACAAGGCUGGGAUGGGCUACAGGACAAUAGGCAAGCAGCUUGGUGAGAAAAAUCCAGAAAAUCACAUUGUAUGAUUUUUAAUUAAUUUGCAUUUUAUUGCAUGACAUAAGUAUUUGAUACAUCAGAAAAGCAGAACUUAAUAUUUGGUACAGAAACCUUUGUUUGCAAUUACAGAGAUCAUACGUUUCCUGUAGGUCUUGACCAGGUUUGCACACACUGCAGCAGGGAUUUUGGCCCACUCCUCCAUACAGACCUUCUCCAGAUCCUUCAGGUUUCGGGGCUGUCGCUGGGCAAUACGGACAUUCAGCUCCCUCCAAAGAUUUUCUAUUGGGUUCAGGUCUGGAGACUGGCUAGGCCACUCCAGGACCUUGAGAUGCUUCUUACGGAGCCACUCCUUAGUUGCCCUGGCUGUGUGUUUCGGGUCGUUGUCAUGCUGGAAGACCCAGCCACGACCCAUCUUCAAUGCUCUUACUGAGGGAAGGAGGUUGUUGGCCAAGAUCUCGCGAUAUAUGGCCCCAUCCAUCUUCCCCUCAAUACGGUGCAGUUGUCCUGUCCCCUUUGCAGAAAAGCAUCCCCAAAGAAUUAUGUUUCCACCUCCAUGCUUCACAGUUGGGAUGGUGUUCUUGGGGUUGGACUCAUCCUUCUUCUUCCUCCAAACACGGCGAGUGGAGUUUAGACCAAAAAGCUCUAUUUUUGUCUCAUCAGACCACAUUACCUUCUCCCAUUCCUCCUCUGGAUCAUCCAGAUGGUCAUUGGCAAACUUCAGACGGGCCUGGACAUGCGCUGGCUUGAGCAGGGGGACCUUGCGUGCGCUGCAGGAUUUUAAUCCAUGACGGCGUAGUGUGUUACUAAUGGUUUUCUUUGAGACUGUGGUCCCAGCUCUCUUCAGGUCAUUGACCAGGUCCUGCCGUGUAGUUCUGGGCUGAUCCCUCACCUUCCUCAUGAUCAUUGAUGCCCCACGAGGUGAGAUCUUGCAUGGAGCCCCAGACCGAGGGUGAUUGACCGUCAUCUUGAACUUCUUCCAUUUUCUAAUAAUUGCGCCAACAGUUGUUGCCUUCUCACCAAGCUGCUUGCCUAUUGUCCUGUAGCCCAUCCCAGCCUUGUGCAGGUCUACAAUGUUAUCCCUGAUGUCCUUACACAGCUCUCUGGUCUUGGCCAUUGUGGAGAGGUUGGAGUCUGUUUGAUUGAGUGUGUGGACAGGUGUCUUUUAUACAGGUAACGAGUUCAAACAGGUGCAGUUAAUACAGGUAAUGAGUGGAGAACAGGAGGGCUUCUUAAAGAAAAACUAACAGGUCUGUGAGAGCCGGAAUUCUUACUGGUUGGUAGGUGAUCAAAUACUUAUGUCAUGCAAUAAAAUGCAAAUUAAUUACUUAAAAAUCAUACAAUGUGAUUUUCUGGAUUUUUGUUUUAGAUUCCGUCUCUCACAGUUGAAGUGUACCUAUGAUAAAAAUUACAGACCUCUACAUGCUUUGUAAGUAGGAAAACCUGCAAAAUCGGCAGUGUAUCAAAUACUUGUUCUCCCCACUGUAUAUACUUAUUAUUGACACUGUAUGCUUACAUUAUUAGUUAUCUUGUUGUUAUUAGUUGUUGUUAGUUGUUAUUAGUCCCAAGUGUAUGUAGGUUGAGAGCUUUUGUGAAAGAACACAGUUAGAAAGAUAUGGCAAUUAGAAGCAAACCGGAUGGACAUCAUGAAAAUGAUCGGAGAGGUUGAGGGUAGAGGAAGUUCAGGAGUAAAAACAAACAAAAUAUAAUUAUUGUAAAAUUGACUGUGUCCAUAAAAUGUAUAUAGUAUGUAUAAGCUGGAAGUAGAGGCCUAAGCAUUGUUGUUCACUAGUUUACUCCAAUUAGGGAAGGGGUGGUGGGGUUGGAAAGUAAUAAAGGGAAAUAUAUUUUUUAAAAGGAAAUGUAUAUGUAUGUAUGUAUGUACAGUUGAAGUCGGAUGUUUACAUACACCUUAGCCAAAUACAUUUAAACUCAGUUUUUCCAAAUUCCUGACAUUUAAUCCUAGUAAAAAUUCCCUGUUUUAGGUCAGUUAGGAUCACCACUUAAUUUUAAGAAUGUGAAAUGUCAGAAUAAUAGUACAGAGAAUGAUUUAUUUAAGCUUUUAUUUCUUUCAUCACAUUCCCAGGGGGUCAGAAGUUUACAUACACUCAAUUAGUAUUUGGUAGCAUUGCCUUUAAAUUGUUUAACUUGGGUCAAACGUUUCGGGUAGCCUUCCACAAUAAGUUGGGUGAAUUUUGGCCCAUUCCUCCUGACAGAGCUGGUGUAACUGAGUCAGGUUUGUAGGCCUCCUUGCUCGCACACGCUUUUUCAGUUCUGCCCACACAUUUUCUAUAGGAUUGAGGUCAGGGCUUUGUGAUGGCCACUCCAAUACCUUGACUUUGUUGUCCUUAAGCCAUUUUGCCACAACUUUGGAAGUAUGCUUGGGGUCAUUGUCCAUUUGGAAGACCCAUUUGCAACCAAGCUUUAACUUCCUGACUGAUGUCUUGAGAUGUUGCUUCAAUAUAUCCACAUAAUUUUCCUUCCUCAUGAUGCCAUCUAUUUUGUGAAGUGUACCAGUCCCUACUGCAGCAAAGCACCCCCACAGCAUGAUGCUGCCACCCCCGUGCUUCACGGUUGGGAUGGUGUUCUUCGGCUUGCAAGGCACCCUCUUUUUCCUCCAAACAUAACGAUGGACAUUAUGGCCAACCAGUUUUAUUUUUGUUUCAUCAGACCAGAGGACAUUUCUCCAAAAAGUACGAUCUUUGUCACCAUGUGCAGUUGCAAACCGUAGUCUGGCUUUUUGAUGGCGGUUUUGGAGCAGUGGCUUCUUCCUUGUUGAGCGGCCUUUCAAGUUAUGUCGAUUAUAGGACUCGUUUUACUGUGGAUAUAGAUACUUUUGUACCUGUUUCCUCCAGCAUCUUCACAAGGUCCUUACCUGCUUGGUCCCAUGGUGUUUAUACUUGCGUACUAUUGUUUGUACAGAUUAACGUGGUACCUUCAGGCAUUUGGAAAUUUCUCCCAAGGAUGAACCAGACUUGGCUGAUUUCUUUUUAUUUUCCCAUGAUGUCAAGCAAAGAGGCACUGAGUUUGAAGGUAGGCCUUGAAAUACAUCCACAGGUACACCUCCAAUUGACUCAAAUGAUGUCAAUUAGCCUAUCAGAAGCUUCUAAAGCCAUGACAUAAUUUUCUGGAAUUUUCCAAGCUGUUUAAAGGCACUGUCAACUUAGUGUAUGUAAACUUCUGACCCACUGGAAAUAUGAUAUAGUGAAUUAUAAGUGACAUAAUCUGUCUGUAAACAAUUGUUGGAAAAAUUACUUGUGUCAUGCACAAAGUAGAUGUCCUAACCGACUUGCCAAAACUAUAGUUUGUUAACAAGAAAUUUGUGGAGUGGUUGAAAAACAAGUUUUAAUGACUCCAACCUAAGUGUAUGUAAACUUCCGACUGUAUAUUUGCGAGAGAAAAAAACAUAUGGGGGAUUGGAAGUGAUGCAGACAAUUACGUUGAUGGAAGUUACAAUCUAUCUGCAAUAUUAAAGCUGAUCGACCCCCUAAAAAAAAAAAAUCCUCCUUUCUGUGUCAUCGAAUUGUUUGUAUUAAUUCUGUUGGCAUGAAUCUUUAUUUUCCCAUGAGGAAGUUGUAGUAAUGUAUGUGGAAUAUGAUAUAAAGCACAUAUAAUGUACUGUAUGACUCUUUUGAUGAAGAGUUGUGUUGUUUCUCUGUCCCAUCAGGUCUGUGUUUGGAGUCAGAAACAGGUCUGAGUCCAGUGGAGAGAGAAACAGACAGCCACAGGCCUCUGAUGAGUGAUGAAGAGGAUGAGGAAGAGGAGGAGGAGGGAUCGGAGGAGGUGUGUGACAGAGGGUACUACACCAUCCAGCAGGGGGAAGAGGAGCCGGGGGAAACACCCAAAGCCAUCGGAUUCUGCCAGGCCUUCUGCCUGCCUGGGGUGCUGCCUGUGAGUGGGAUAUUACUAGAGAUCUCUGUCUCUGUCUGUCUCUCUCUCUCUCUCUGUCUGUCUCUUUCUCAUGAUCUCUCUAACUCUGGCUGGCUCUCUCUCUCUUUCAUUCACCCCUCCCUGUCUAUGUCUGUAUUUGUCAAUUCCUUUAUCUCUAUCAUCUUAUCAUCCUCCCUGCCUCUCUGCUAUCUGCCCCUCCCUGUUUAAGUGUUUCCAUUAUAUCUCUAUUCUUUGGCUGACAAUUUUGUUUAGGGGCGGUGAAGACGCCGCUAGUUGCGUUAGUAUCUUUCUCUCAACCUCUCCUCCCAGAACCUUACAUGUGGAAAUGGACCAAUAAAUCAAGUAUUGUAUUAUCGAGCAUCUGACGAUAUGAAGGUUUUUGUUCUGGCUUUCCGAGAUGACUCUCUCAGUAACUGGUGACUGUCAUCCUCUCUCCCCAGUAUUCCCUGGCGUACGCGUGUCUGAAGCUGGUCAACUACUCCUUCUUUUUCUGGUUGCCCUUCUACCUGAGCAGGAACUUUGGCUGGAAGGAGGCCCAGGCCGACAGGCUCUCUGUGUGGUACGACGUGGGGGGCAUCAUAGGUGAGUGUUCCAGCCCAGGCCUAGUUAACACUAGCUGUAUUGACUGGUUAAUAUUAAUUACAUUGGCAUUGGUGUCGUUGACUACGGUUUAGAUGUGGUAACAUCCUAGCUAGCUAUGCAGAGUAAGGUCCGUUUGCAUCGCUCUCUACGUAGUUCCAUGUACAUUUGUGAGACUGAAUUUUUGGAACUCAACGCAAACGGACCUCCAUCGGCUCCAUUUUGUGUGGACUGUGUAGACCCCUUAAGACGGGACAGGAAAUUGUGCAUUAAUCUUCUGCUCUCUGUCUCUCUCUCUCUCUCCUAGGUGGUACGAUCCAGGGCCUGAUCUCCGACUGCAUGGGGAAGAGAGCUCCAGUGUUAGCCGUCAGUCUGCUGCUGGCUAUGGGAGCCCUGGUGGGGUACAGCCGUGAGUGCUCCUCCUUCUUUCAUCUGCCUUCCUCCUUUUUCUAGCCCAAAACAUCUCACUAUGUUAUUCAGGCCAUUUAUUUAAGAAAUAGUCAACCAGAUUUUUUUAGGUCAGAGAGAACAUUUUCAUUAUUGUGUUAUGUCAAUUCUAGACCACCAAGGGGAGCCCUUGAUGAAAAAAAUAAAAAUAGAACCACAUCCCUCCCUGUCAUACACAAUCCACAAAAAACAUGUGAAUUGACCCUGUGUUGUCCCCCCUCAGACUCCCCUCCGGACCAGGUGGUGAAUGCAGCUCUCCUGGCCACCACAGGUUUCUUCAUAGGAGGACCGUCCAACAUGAUCAGCUCAGCCAUCUCUGCAGACCUGGGGCGACAGGAGGCCCUCAGGGGCAGUCAGGAGGCUCUGGCUACCGUCACUGGCAUAGUGGACGGGACUGGGAGUAUUGGAGCUGCAGCGGGACAGGUAACACACACUAGAGACCGAGAAAGUACACACACACACACAUACAUAAAUAUGUGCUUUCCAGUGAUUUAAUGUUGAGUUUUUUGACCUUGUCUUUCAGUACUUGGUAUCUCUGAUUGAGAGCAAACUGGGCUGGAUGUGUGUGUUCUACUUCUUCAUAGUCAUGGUAAGAUCAUCUGUCUAAUCCAUAAUGUGAGACAAUGUUCAUGCCUUUCAUUAAUUAGUCACUAAUUCUCCUCAGGAGCAUCUUACAUAAGGUACUGUGUUGUCCCUGUUUGUGAUAUAUUUGGUCCUGUUAUGUGAUUGCCUCACAGACAGGGGGCAGCAUAGUCUUCAUUUUGCCGCUGAUCAUGACUGAGAUUCGGGCCAUGUGGAGGGACAGACAGGCACGGACACACCAGCCGUGA